AUGGGACCGGGCGAGCAGCACGCGGUCCACCCUUUCUUCAGACAGGGUAUGAGUCUCAAGUCUACUUUGACGGUCCCUUCAGCUCACACCAAAGUCUCAGACUUUGCAGUCCCAGGAAAACCCAAUCACUCCCUUCCCAAUGGCAACGCAGUUCCAACGCCAACCGAUGUAUUCGCUCACGCCAACGAAGAGCAAUCACCCCAAUUUCAACCAUCCAACGGACCUGAAGUCCCGAGGUCUCAAGCCUCAGCACCCGUAGGCCAGGAUGAAGACCCUAAUGCAAACCGACGCAAGAGACGCAAGACGGAGAAAACCAAGCCAGAUCAGGAAACGAAUUUGAACACAGGACUCUCAGGAUGGCUGGGAAUCGAGACCCCAGAACCCGUGGCUCCUGCACCCGUCUUUGAUACUCAACCCGCUCCUCCCAUCGCUUCCCUCCCGUCGCCUCAAUCCCCAACCAACGAUAGCGGCCCGGCACAAGACCUGAGCUUUGACGAAACAAACGACAAAAACGCGUGCAAUGAAGGGAAACGGAAGAUAUUGAAGUUGAAUACUAAUGGUAGACUGUUGAGCUCUCCUCCUGCCAGCUCUACAGGGAUAACAGACCCAAAGCCGGCAGGAAGCAAGCGACGAAGAGGUGGGAAGGUCCGCAGCAAACUUACCAUCCUCAAAUACAGCAUCGAAGGAGAGAGAGGGAUUGGGAGCUUGAUCAACCGAAUUCUCAAUGGCCAAAUGGUAUAUACACCUGCUCCUCCACGGCCUGCAGUACCCCAAAACCGGGUAGUGAAAGGGCCUGCGAAGCCAACACACCCUUUUUUUGUGAAGAAAGCGCCACAAAAGCCCCAGGAUGACACAAUCUCUGGUGGCUCAAAUACUGGCUCAAGCAAGAUCAAUGCCCCCGCCGCAUCAGAGGUCAAGCGAGAAUCAAGGCCGUUUCCAACAUUUCCCUCAACAUUCAGUCGCAACAAGUCAAAGUUUCCUGACCUUAUUGAACCCUUGUGGCCACCGAAAGAUCUUGUUCAUAUCCGUCCUGUGGACUCGGCACAGGAUGUCCGGCCCGCCAUCCUCGAUCCCCUUACAAAAGACCGAAAGAAAGCCAAAUCUCCGGCCAUUUCUAUUGGCGAUGACGAGAAUGCCCUUUUGACCAGCACAUCCUCUGCACGGGAGCUGGCAAAAUCGUACAUGGGAGGCCAUGGCACAUCGAAUCUACGCAUGCCUGUACGGCAUAUUGCCAGCGGACGUGUUCUGCAGACUGCCAUUGACAACCAAAUGUCCUGGUCCUUACCAAACUCGCGUAUUCCACCUCAAUCUGUCGCCCCAGUUAUAUCUAACCUGAGAUCGGCCUUGUUAUCAUCUUUCUCCGCUUUUGAUCGUGGAAAAUAUGAAUCGCAACUCUGGGCUCACAAAUACGCACCCAAAAAGGCCGAGGAUGUUCUGCAAACCGGUCGCGAGGCCCAGGUACUUCGUGACUGGCUCCGUCACCUCAAAAUUACCGCAGUCGACACUGGAAAGACUUCUAAGGAUAAGGGCAAGUCCAACCCAAACCGAGACAAGAAAAAGAAGAAGCGGCGAAAGAAGAACGACAAACUCGACGGCUUUAUUGUCUCUAGCGAAGAAGAGGCAUCUGAAAUGGACAACCUCUCUGGAUCAGACGAUGAGCUGGCUGGAGAUGUCACAGUUUCCGCUCAACGAACCCUGAUACGAUCAGGAGACCUGUCAGUUUCUUCAUCACAGGGAGGGGAAAAGGGUCGGAUCACAAAUGCAAUCCUUUUGAGCGGCCCAUCGGGCUCUGGCAAAACUGCUUCAGUCUACGCAGCAGCCAAAGAGCUUGACUUUGAAGUGUUCGAGAUCAAUGCUGGCAGCCGCCGCAGUGCGAGAGACAUGCUGGAAAGGGUCGGGGACAUGACCCAGAACCAUUUAGUCCAUCUUCUGAACGACACCGACGAAUAUUCUGCCAAGCCUCGAGCAUUGGAAACGGAGGACGACGCAAAACAAAACAAGUUGAUGGGCUUUUUCAAAGGACAACCGUCCAAGAGUACCAAGCCUGACAAGAAAAGUACUCAACCCAGUCCGACUCCCGACAAUGAGGCAAAGCGGAAUCGUGAACAAAAACAAUCUUUGAUUCUCCUCGAAGAGGUCGAUCUGCUUUUCGACGAGGACAAACAAUUUUGGACUGGCGUUUUGACCCUCAUCAGUCAGUCAAAGCGACCCAUUGUCAUCACAUGCAACAACGAAAGCCUAGUACCAACCCAGGACAUGUCUUUACACGCCAUUCUGCGAUUUCAAAGGCCCCAGCGUGAUCUUGCAAUCGACUAUUUAUUACUUGUCGCCGCAAACGAAGGCCACGUUCUCAAACGAGAGGCUGUCAGCAAGCUAUACGAUGCGUCGGGUAUGGAUAUCCGAAAAUCCUUGAUGGACCUGAAUUUCUGGUGCCAGAUUGGCGUUGGAAGUGAAAAAGCAGGUCUUGAUUGGAUUCUAUCCUUGUGGCCUCCAGAAGCGAAUGUAGACCAGAAUGGAGAUAGAGUCCGAGUCCUCAGUCUCAACACCUACGAGCCAUAUAUGGGCUGGUUCAACCGCGACGUCUUGCUGGAGCAGGAUUCUUUGGAAAGUGAAACAGAAACUCUGCAGAAUACCCUACACUGGUGGAGACUCGGCAUACAAGACUCGGAGGAUGCGGCCCGCGGCAGUAUCACGGAAACUAUGCCUCACGAUCAUUAUCAAUCGCGGUCAAAGAUGGAGCAACUUGAUUUGCUGAGCCGUGAAGCGGACUACCUGGAAAUGCGAAGCUCACUCGACAUUCUCUGCUCAGAGUGUUCUUUGAGCAUGCUGCAGGCAAGUAUUAUCUCCACUAUCGACUCGGUAUCAGAACUAACUAAGCUGCAGGAUGUUGUCGAUACGUCUGCUCCUCCACCUCCAGAAGGUCAUCGCUCCAACUACCUCGAAUCUUACCCGCUCCUGCAGGCUGACCUGCGACCCGAACACUCUUCUCUAAGUGAGAGCAUUAGCCUCACGUUCAAUGCCUUGAUCUCACGAUCCUUCCGUCCAAAAACCGGAGACCACGAGUCUUCUAGCGUGGCUCGCAUUUUCAAAGGCUGGACCAAGGAUGGCGCACAUCGGAUGCAUUUCCCGAACACUCUACCUACCUUCCAGAAAGUCUUUGAGCCUCUCAUGCGUGCGAAUUACUACAUGCCCAUCCCCUCUGGGCGAUUGGCACCUUCGUUUGAAAACAGCCUUGCCCCCAUUACCGAAGAUAUCGCCCCUUACGUGCGUGCUAUUAUGGUCUUUGAUGGUCGAUUGAAGGAGUAUCGCGACAAUUUGCGUGCAAUCUUGACCAGGGAGCAUGGCUCUGGAGACAAAGUUGGCAGAACCACCCGCGCCAGCCGAGCUGCGCUCGAAGGAGGUGAUAAAGCUUCCACACGAAAAGAGAGAUGGUUCCCGGCCGAUACGAAUUACUUUUGGAUUCAAGGCACGGGCAAAUACGAGUGGCAGAACAUUUUGUUCCAGAUGGGACAUUUCCACGUUCAGCCCGCCGUGGAAUUCACCGAGGAAACGCCCAGUCAUGAUUCUGAUGAACAACGAUCUCAAGAAAGAGAUUUAUAG